AUGGAAGCAUACCGAACUGCGGUUCUGCUUGAAGUGAAAGGCUUUGAUCAGAUCAGGUUCAUCCAAUUGCCGAGGGAGUAUAACGAAGAUGCCGACCGCUUGGCCUGUAAUGCAUCCAGUUCUAGAAAGACUUUGGCUAGGGUCAUCUCGGUUGACGUGUUGGUCCAACCAUCCAUUUUUGACGAGCUGCCUGAUCUGAACGCUCAACAUAUUAAUGUUAUACCAUAUGAGCCGAGCUGGAUUGAUCCGAUCAUGGCUUUUAUACAUAAUGGUGUACUACCUGAACAGAGGGACGAGACAAGAAAAAUUAGGUCCAACGCCGCAAAGUACGCUAUCGUGCGUGAUCAGUUGUAUAGACGGUCCUUCUCGGGUCUAUAUUUGAAGUGUGCUACCCCAACAGAGGCUAGAUAG